GUGUCAGGCAUGGCUCCCCGGGCGGUCUGGCUCCUGCUCGCGCUGUCCGGUGUCCUGUCCGCGCGCUCCUGCUGGGCUUAUAGCUGUCCGGCCAUCUGCCACUGCAAGGCCGACACUCUGCGGUGCAGCAGGGACACUCAGCUGGCCUCUCGGGCGGUAUCCCUGCCUCGACUAAGGUUCAGCCACCUGCCCAUGAAAGAAGUCCCCACUCAUGCUUUCACGGAGCUGAUAAACAUUACAGUAAUUGUGAUCUCCCAGAGCGACAGCAUCACAAAGAUUCAGCGACACGCCUUCCUCUCCCUCCACAGCCUGAUUCAAAUAUCAUUGCAGAAUAUCAUCAGUCUGAGGGUUAUUGAAAAAGGGGCCUUCACUGACCUGCCCAAGCUGGAAUAUUUGAGCAUCUCUAACACAGGGCUGACACACUUCCCAGACUUCACAACUAUCUCUUCCCUGGCGCCGUUUAUCCUCCUAGAAAUGGUAGAAAACAUGGGGAUCGACUUCAUUCCUGCCAAUUCGUUCCAGGGUAUUUCAGAAGCAGAUGUAGACAUGAAUCUGUUUAGAAACGGCUUCAAGGAUAUCAAAUCUCAUGCAUUCAACGGAACCAAGCUCAACACCCUGAUUUUAAGAGACAACAUGUAUCUCAGUGACAUUGAAGAAAAUGCUUUUGAAGGAGUCACCGGUCCAAGUUAUCUGGAUGUUUCCUUCACACCUCUGAGGUCCCUCCCCCGAAAAGGAUUGGGGCAGGUGAGGUAUCUGAACGCCAGCUCUGCCUUUGCUCUGAAGACCCUCCCCCCCCCGGAGAGCCUGGCCGAGCUGCUGAACGCAGAACUCACGUACUCCAGCCACUGCUGCGCUUUCGACACAUGGCGGCGGAAACAAAGGGAAAGUGCCUUAAAGAACUUGUCAAAGUUGUGUGAUCUCAGCACAACUGAAAAAGAGCCUACCGAAGAUAUUAUGGAUUUGAUCGAUGACAUCACCUUUCAGUAUCCUGACCUGGAAUUUGAGUGUGUCAACAGCCCCUUCGUCAAGUGCACUCCAACGCCGGAUGACUUUAACCCCUGUGAGGACCUGCUGGGCUUCCCCCUCCUGCGCUGUCUCACCUGUAUCAUCACGGUGUUCGCUGUGACCGGUAACCUGGCUGUUCUGGCUAUGCUGCUCAUCAGCAAACACAAGCUAACCGUCUCCAGGUUCCUCAUGUGUAACCUGGCCUUCGCCGACCUGUGCAUGGGGCUCUACCUGAUGCUCAUUGCCUUCAUGGACAUCAUCUCCCGCCACGAGUACUACAACCAUGCGACUGACUGGCAGACCGGGCCCGGGUGUGGAACAGCAGGGUUUUUAACGGUGUUCUCCAGCGAGCUAUCAGUAUACACACUGACAGUGAUUAGCCUUGAACGCUGGCACACCAUCACCAAUGCCAUGCAAGUCAACAAGAGGCUACGGAUGCACCAUGUAACGGCCUUAAUGGGGGCAGGCUGGGUCUUCUCUCUGCUGGUGGCCCUGCUCCCUCUUGUGGGGGUCAGCAGUUACAGCAAAGUGAGCAUCUGUCUGCCCAUGGACAUCGACUCGCUGGCCUCUCAGAUCUACGUUGUGGCCGUGCUCAUUCUCAAUGUAGCUGCUUUCCUGUUGGUCUGCUACUGUUACAUAUGCAUAUAUCUGAGUGUUCGCAAUCCGGAGCACUCUACCCGUCUUGGAGACACCAGAAUUGCCAAGCGCAUGGCUGUGCUCAUUUUCACAGACUUUCUUUGCAUGGCCCCGAUCUCCUUCUUCGCCAUUUCUGCUGCCCUGAAGAUGCCCCUGAUAACCGUGUCCCACUCAAAGAUUCUGCUCAUCCUGUUUUAUCCCAUCAACUCCCUCUGCAAUCCUUUCUUGUACACCCUCUUCACACGGGCGAUCAGGAAGGACGUGGGCCUGCUGCUGAGUCGCUGCGGCUGCUGCAGCUCUGACGCUGACUGGUUCAGGUCGCCGACUCUGGCUUCACAUCCCCACUGCAGUCAAAAAACACCCAAAACUAAAACUAACUCACUGAGCUUCUAUGCUUUUCACAUCAAGAUGAAGGAUGGUUUUCUAAAAAAAGGGGCCACAUGA